AUGGAUUUACAAUAUCAAUAAGCAUUAUAACUUUAAGGAAAUUUAGAAAAAAAAAGUCCUUCUAUGCUAAAAGGAUUCCAAAAACGACAUUUUGCUGUCAGAGAUAAAGGGUAAUAUUUAGUUUAUUCAAAGAAAAAAAUUUUGAGUAAAGAUGUUAAACCAAAAGGUACAUUAUUUAAGAAAUUUAUUUAAGGUGUAAUCCCUAUAGAUUCAAUUAAGUCAAUUGGUAUAAUCAAAGGAUCUGAAAGGGAAUUUGUUCUUGAAUUAAAAGAUAGAUAAAUGUUAUUGAGAGCAGAAUCAAGUAGUGCUAGAGAAUUAUGGACUUCUACUAUUGCAUAUCUUUAAGAAAAACUUUUAAAUUAGUAAAAUUCAGGAUCAGUCUAAGAUUCAAAAAACAGUUUCCAUUCUAAAGGGUCAGAAAGCUUAAAAUUGUCUCAGAAGGCAUUUUGGAAAGAUAUAGAUUCUGAAACAAAAGCAUCAAUUAUGAUAGACAAGGAGAAAUAACAAAUAUAGGAUAAGUUUUAAGAAAAUGAAAUAAAGAAUGAAGAAGUUAUGGUAUCAAAAGGAUUAUAUGCAUAUCUUGAUAAGUUUGAUUCACAAAAAUUUGAUUAAUUUGUGAAAUGUGGAUUUUUGUAUAAAAAGGGAAAAAUUGCUUCACUUACAAAAGCUAAGAGGAGAUGGUUUAUUAUUAUUUCCUCUAUUUCUCUUUUAGGUGAUGAUGCUAAAAUUUAAGGGCCCAGUUAAUCAGAUCUCCCAGAUCCCUUUAAAUUAGAUCAUCUAUACUAUUUUGCAUAUGAAUUUAGAAAUGAUUAAAGCAGCUUUAAAGGGGAAUUAAAGGCAAAUCAAAUUGAAGAUUUUGAAUUGAUGAAUGUUGAUAGAAACUUAGCCUUUUUGAAAUAAUUCAGCCAUAGUGUGACUUAUGGUUUUAAAUUUCGACAUAAGGAACGUCAAUAUCAUUUUUUUUCUGAAUCAAUAACAGAGAUUCAAUCAUGGUUUAAAACUAUCAGAAUUAUAAAGGAAUAUAAAGCUACACUUACUCCUUAGUAAAUUGAAAAUGAGGAUUAAGAUUUAGGUAUGAAAUUAGAAGAUGUUUUAUUACAAGAAAAAAUGGAAGUAAAAAUUAGCAGAAGAAUUAGAAAGGAUAAAUGGUUUAAAAGAAUUGUAUAUUUAAAGAAAGAUUCAUUAAUUUGGGCAUAAUAGGAGAAAAAUGACUCUGAAAAUUAUAUAUUGUUAAUUUCUAUAAAAAAUGUAAUUGGAAAGGAUAAUGACUUCCAUGUAAGAAAAUUUUAAUUUAUUAGAUUUACACUAAAGAUGAAAAAACAUUUAAGUUUAGAACAACUUCAUUAGAAAUUAGAGAUGAAUGGGUUAAGAAGAUUGAUUUUUUAUUAUUAAAUUUAAAAGGGGAAUUUAAGGAUUUGGAAAAAGUAACUGAAUUGCCUCCAGAACAUAUACCUAAAUCUUAAUCAAUUGAAUAGAAAAAGAGUUAAUCAAUUGAAAAACAUAAAAUCUAGCCUGAAGAUAUAGAAGAAAAAACUAAUAAUAGUUAAGAUAUUGCUAGUUAUUAUGAUAACUUUUUUAAAUAAAAAAAGUAGUAAGAAUAAUAAGAUAAAAAAAAUUAAAAAUCUCAAUCAAGUGGGAACUCAAUAUUUCAUAAGAUUUUCUGUUGUUAUUCUCAAGACAAUGAAACUGAUAGAGGAUUUUGA